AGACGCACCCGUCGUUAGCUGCGGUCAGCUGCGCCUAUGGAACGGGCAGGGGCCAAAGAGGUCGACGCCCUAAGCAGGUAUCCCCCGCUUCCUGCGAGGCGUGUGGAAACAAUUAGCGCUUGUCUCGGGAGCUGGUCGGGAGGGGACAGACCAGCAGGUGUGCCCACGCGUACGAGGCAAACUGGUUUUUCUCGGCUUUUACUUCGUUUGGACUCUCCCUGUGCAGGCACUGCCAGAAAGGACUGCGACCACUCGCCGCCGCAGCAGUGCCCGCGAAUUAUGGAGGUCGGCCCGCCCGGUCCAGAGGCAACGGACGCCGAGAAAGACGAAGCUGAGAAAGACGAGACGGCCGAAAUUGAGAAGCAACUAAGAGACCUGGGAGUCGCGUGUACCAAACGCGGUGACUCGAGCUGUGGCCUGCUGCGCCAUCGGCGAUCCUUCAACCAUGCGCUGCUAGACAUCGGUCUGGAGAUCUGCGAAGACACUCGAUGCGACAGCGAAAAUGGCCUCCGCAUUGCGAUCACCCAGGCGAGUGGUCGCGGGUACGUAUUCGACGGCAUAUGCGAGGACUCGAACGAAAGGGACGGGCUCGACAUCGUCGUGUUCCUGCUCUCCACGCACCGCUGCAUCACGACCGUGGAACUGAACUGCAUCAUGAGGCACUGCCCUUUGGUGCUCAAAGCUCUCAGGCUAAACAGGGACGUGGAGUGUGUGGUCAUUUCCGGAAUGGAUCCUGAGGGUAGCGCGGAAGACGUCGCCGCCUUCAAGGCGGUCAAGUCUAUGUCGCAACUGAAAGGGCUCUUCUUUGACACCGAGCGUUGUCCUCCGAAGUAUACGAGCAACUUGCGACUGUACGGCCAACUGCUUCGAGGAGGCACAAGGCAGCUCACCGCCCUCGACGUGGCUAGCGUGGAAAUGAGCCCGAAACAGGCGAAACGACUUAUCGGGGCACUGACGCGGAAUCGAACUGUGACGCACCUGGUCGUCGGUGAGAACGUGUUCACGUCCGGCAAAGAGCUGUCGGGUGCGAACUUCGCCAACUACCUCGUCAACACAGCCACGCUCCGCGCACUGAAGCUGAUCUCGGAACCCGAAUUCACGAGCGAACGAGUCAUCCGGACACUCGUUCGCGCUGUGUGCCAGAUGACCGCGCUGGAAGAACUGGAAGCGGACUUGGACAUCAAGAUGGUGGGCUUUUCCGCGCGGGUCGCCCUCUUCGCCCAAGUGGUGGCGGAAAGCCCGACCCUGCGCCGCCUCCGGCUUCCGUCGGUGGCCUGCGGCUGCUCCCAGGCGGCGGACGCCCUGGAGCACCUCGACCCCCCGGACCCCGACGCCGCCGAGAAGAUGGCGCACUUGGCCCGGGCCGUGCGGAGCAACUCCGUGCUUCGCACACUCGAGAUAGACUUGGGCGGUUUCGGCGUAGACGAGUGCCGCGAAUUCUUCAACGCGGUCGGCGACAACGUCACGCUGAUCUCGGUAAUUGUCCGACGGCUGCCCGCCGAAGUGGAAGUGGACGGCAUCUGCAAAACAAUCCGGGAUCGCGGGCUCAUGGACAGAGUCCACAUCGGGCACCAUCACCUGACCCCGCUGGACAUCGACACGCUGCCCCGGUGCCCAGAAAUCACCGGCGUCACCCUCAACGGCAGGCACUUCGCCGGUGACGUGGCCCGGUGCAAGGAUAUGAUUGAUAAGCUCGCUAGCUGCCCCCACGUGACGUCAGUUCGCGUGGACACCUGGUACUUCAGCGACGUCACGUACAAGGCGUUCACCGAUUACGUGACCAAAGCGACGACGCUCAGGGAGCUCGAGGUCAACGUGGCCGGUAUCCCGGAAGCGCGCACAGACGAGGCCCACCUGAAGAUCGAGAGAGAGCUGAUGUACGCCGUGGGCCUCAACCCCAGCCUGAUCGAAGUGAACAUCACGGGGAUCCUGCUGUACAACAAGUACUGCACCGUGCUCGCGGACGCCGCCGCGGCCCAGUGCGGAAGGCUGACGCACCUGCGCAUCACGCCGGCCAACACGAUGAACCCGACGUACGCGAACCUCUUCAUGCCGCACCUUGUGAACAGGCCCCCGCGGCAUGUGCGGGUGGACUUCUACAACUACAAGAACAGCGGACACGCCUCCUUACGGGAGAUCACGGCGCGAAACAACAACAACGUCUCGGCGGCGGCUCGCUACGUGCUGGGCGACUGGAACUGCGACGACGGCGCCCGGGUGCUCGAGCUGCUCCACGACCACCCGUCGCUCGUGCGCCACGUGCGGCGCAAGGCCGAGCUCGGCCCCGUCGAGGCCGACGGCUGGAUCGCGCGCGCCCUGAAGCGCGUGCGGCGCUGCGACCUCGACGAGUACAUGAGGCUGGCCGGCGUUGUCAAGAGGCGCGUAGUGUGCACCAAGCAGAAAGGCGUCCGCCUGCAGAUCGCAGACAUCAACGAGUACUGCUGGCUGCACCUCCGCCUGUACCUCAAGAUCGCGGACGUUGUGGGAGUUUAAAAACUGACAAAUAUAUUUUAGACACGGUCACUUUUUCUUUUUUAUU